AUGUUCUCCCUUUCGACUGCCCCGGCAAAGCAACAGUCUGUGGGCGAGACCAUCACCGUCCUCAGCGGCCGCCUGAGCUCGGCAACCCUUCUUGAGGAUCGUCGCGCUGCCAUCCAGGGGCUUCGGAGCUUCGCCAAGGACUUUCCUGCCUCGGUGGCCUCGGGGGCCCUCCGUAGCCUCAUCGGGAGCCUCGGCAAAGACGGCGACGAUGUCGACACGGUCAAGGUCGUGCUCGAGACAUUGCUGAUGCUCUUCAACCCCAACCGGGACAGCCCUGAAGCCUCUGACGAAAUUGUGCUCUGGCUCGCCGACGAGUUCACGCAGCGUCAGGACAACAUCACUCUCCUGCUCGACUUCGUCGACUCGCCAGACUUUUACUCGCGACUCUAUGCCCUCCAGCUCCUGACCGCUAUUCUCGCCGCUCGCACGCAGCGUACCGAGGAGUGCGUCUUCACCGCACCCCUCGGCAUUUCCCGUCUCGUCGCCGCUCUCAAUGACGGCCGCGACGCCAUUCGCAAUGAAGCCAUCAGCCUCCUCACAGCCCUCACCCCGACGUCGAUCGAGAUACAGAAGCUAGUUGCCUUCGAGAAUGCCUUUGAGAAACUCUUCGCCAUUAUCGAGGCAGACGGCGCCUUGUACGAGGGUGGCCGUACCGUAGAAGAUUGCCUUAUUCUCUUGGCAAAUCUCUUGCGUCGCAACGCGUCCAACCAGUCCCUCUUCCGGGAGUCGGGCUGCAUGAGAGACCUUGCCGGCCUGCUGCAGGGCCUGCUCGAGGCCCAGCUACCCGCCGCCGAGGACGUGGCCGCAUGGGCCGAAAUUCAACGCAACAGGAAUAUAUAUGCCUUCCUCGCCAUCAUAAGGCUCUUCCUCCCCAUAGGCGCGACGGGCCUUCUGCAGAACCAGAACGCCCUGUGGAAGCAGGGGCUCGUCCAUCAUGUGCUACAGCUGGCAUUUCGCCGCGACAUCGGUCACGUCCCCAUUCGAGCCGAGGCCUUCGUCACCUGCGGCGACAUGAUUCGAAACUCCACACUGCUGCAGGAGAGCUUCGCGCAGUUGACUGUGCCGUCGCCCGUGCCGGACCCUACCCCCAACACACCACCGCAAAACGGCGCUCACACCGUGUACGUUAUCGACGGUUUGCUAGACCUUGUCCUCAACACACAGGAUCAGCGUCUUUUUGACCUCCGCUUCGCCGCUUGCGAGUGUCUCAAGGCCUACCUCUGCAACCAUGCAGAGGUCAGGAUUCACUUCCUCGGACGGGCCAUUGACGGCUACCUGCAUGGACCAAACGAGUCUGCCAAUGUCUUGACCGUCCUCCUCCGACCAGAUGGUGGCGUCGAUACGGUUGAUCCCUACCGCCAGUGGUUCGCUGCUGUCAUCACCUUCCACCUCCUGCAGGGCAAUGACACGGCCAAGGCCAAGGCUCUCGCUCUCACUGAGGGUGACGCAGAGAAUGGCGAGGAGGUCGUGACGAGUAUCCAGACGAUUGCCGCGCAUCUUAUAUCGGGCAUCGGCCGCGACGAAGACCCGCGCCCACUCGUCGGCUACCUCAUGCUUCUCCUAGGAUGGAUGUUCGAGGACAUGGAUGCCGUCAACGACUUCCUUGCAGAGGGCAGCAAUGUACAGAGCUUGAUCCAGGCGAUCCUACAGCCCAAGCCUGUGUGGGACGGCCUGGUGCAAGGCCUGAUGGCCAUGUUGCUCGGCGUUGCCUACGAGUUCUCGACCAAAGACUCGCCCAUCCCGCGGUCAACCCUCCACUCGAUAUUGACAUCACGACUCGGAUCCGAAGUGUAUCGCGAUAGCCUGACUAACCUGCGUAGCCACCCUUUUGUCCGGGAUUUUGAAGUGACACCCCAGAAGUGCGACCCUUCGUCACCAAGCGGACUGGCUGACGUUUUCUUUGACGCCGUUUUUGUAGAGUUCCUCAAGGACAACUACAGCAGGAUCCUGAGGUCCAUUGACAGAGCUCCCGAGCUGGAAAUUUCGGUCAUAACAAACGGCGUUCAGAAGGGGAUAUCACGUGAGCUUGUGGACUCGUUGCGAUGUCAAGUGGAAGACAAGAACCACGCGAUACAGGAAGCCAAAACACGAGCCGUCCAUCUGGAGGAGCAGCUAGACCAGAGCAAGGCAGAGAGCAGGCAUUCGAGGGAGGAAGCUGCUCUGGAGCUCACCAAGCUGCGUGAUGCAUACGAGGCUCUGCAGCGGUCACAUGAGGCCGAAAUACGCGCGAUACAAAGCCAAGGAGCUGCAAAGGUCGCUGAGCAGGAACGGCGCGUCUCGUCAAUGCAGGCCGAUUUCACAUCGAGGGAGGCCACCCACGAGACCAAUCUUGCCCAAGCGCGCAAAGUUGCACAAGCUGAGAUGGAACGCGCGCAGCUGCGCUCAGAAGCCGAAGCCGCCGAUCUUCGGGCCAGCAUAAGCCGCCUAGAGGUAGAUUUGAUGAAGGCAAACAAGGGCAAGGCGGACGAGGUGAACGCUCUCCGAGAGGCGAGCUCUAAAGCAGAAGCAGAGCUCGCGUUGCAGCUGAAAGCAGCAGAGGCACAAUGCCUCGAGCUGAAGUCGCAACUCGGGCAAAGCAAGUCUGAAAAGGUGGAUCUGGAGAGUAGACUUCAAGCAGCGGAAUCAUUGAAGUCGGCGGCCAAUGAAUCGAAAGAUGCCGUUCAGUCCGAGCUUGACGACCUACUGAUGGUGUUUGGCGACCUGGAGGAGAAGGUGGGCAAAUACAAGGCACGCCUGCGUGAUCUUGGUGAGAGUGUCUCAGACGCGGAGGACGAUGGAGACGAUGAGAGCCAGGGCGAUGACGAUGUCGAUUGA